AAUACAAGCUCUCUCCUCUGCUACAUUAAUUUAGCCAGCCUCCCAUCAUCUCUUACCCUCCUCUGCCUCAUACAAAAAAAUGGCCUCUCUCGCCUCCUUUCCUGGAGUCAGCACCUCCGUUGUCUUCGGCCAUCCAGCCACCGGUGUUCGCGCUCUUCCCAACAUGGGUCAGUCUCUGUUCGACCUUAAACACCAGAGAGGAGGACGUCUCUUCCUUUCUAGACACAAAGUCGUGCUCAUCACUCCUGAGGGCGGCCGACAGCAGCCAUUCGACUGCCCAGAAAACGUUGACAUUGUCACACAAGCUUGGAAAAAUCAUAUUGAGCUGCCAUCCACGUGCAAUGACGGUACUUGCUAUUCCUGUGCCGGAAAGCUUAUUAAGGGCAGAGUUGACCAGCGCAAAGCUAGCUCCCUCAGUGACAAGCAGAUCGAGGAAGGUUACAUUCUGACCUGUGUGGCUACACCUCUGAGUGAUGUUGAAAUUGAGACACACAAAGAAGAGAAGCUCAUAUAGGUUAAGCAAGGAAAACCAUGUUCAUCUUAUGUUCGUAAUUAUAUUAUAUAUGUUGUGUCGGUCGGUUUAGUUUGGUUAAGGUAUUAAGACGUUGUUUGGCUGAGGUUAAAAAAAUAAGUUGCUCAGAAAUAAAUUUUUUUCACAAAU